AUGGCAACGCAGUACAUAAAGGUCGCCGAGUCGCCGGAGGAGGACGAGGCGAUGGAGGUGCCAUGUGAAACCGACAAUACAGUACUUCUGACGACGCUGACAUCGGUCUUUCCCGGCGCCUGUGGGCUGAAGUACCGCAAUGCGGACAGCGGCACAAUGAGAGGCCUCAGGCUGACCGACGGCAAACUGCAGGCGCCCGACGAGGGCUGGUCCGUCGUGGAGCAGUACUACUGCUGCUUUCCCAAAGCCGACAACAAGAGAAAGUUGGACGACCAAGAGGAGAGCGCCGUGCCGACCAAGGUGAAGCGCUACGACGAGAAGAAGUGCUCCGAUCUGAUUGUCCUAGGCCUGGCCUGGAAAACCACCGACAAGGAGCUGCGCGAGUACUUCGAGGAGACGGGCGAGCUGCUGAUGGCGCAGGUGAAGAAGGACACCAAGACGGGCCAGUCGAAGGGCUUCGGCUUCAUCCGCUUCGCCGACUUUGAGAGCCAGGUGAAGGCGAUCACAAAGCGGCACUGCAUCGACGGUCGCUGGUGCGACGUGCGCAUUCCCCUGAAUAAGGAUGGCUUCUGUCGGAAGAUCUUCAUCGGGCGGAUUACCUCGGAGAUCACCGUGGACGACCUGCGGGAGUACUUCAACAAGUACGGCGACAUCAGCGACAUCUUCAUCCCGAAGCCCUUUCGCGGCUUCGCCUUUGUCACCUUCAGCGAGCUCUCCGCUAACCAGGAGGUGACGCCGGAGCUCUUUGGCGACGACCACAUCAUCAAGGGCAUCUCGGUGCACGUCAGCCACGCCGUGCCCAAGGCGGAGAUGAACUACCACCACCAAGCGCCGCCGCACAACCCCUACGGCAGCAGUCCCUAUGGCGGCGGCGGUCCCUACGGCGGCGCGUCCUCUCAUCACAACAGCCAUCACCACAAUCCCCAUCCGCCGAAUCCCUAC